GAUUGCUAAUUGCCUGGAAUAUUAACUUCCAUAGGAGUUCGAAUCUCCUUUUGUCCGAUCAUAAUGGUACUUAGCUUUUCUAUAGGUUACAUAAUCACUACUUACAUAUACAGUUUCCCAUUAAUGUACUAUGGUUUAUUGGCUGCGAUUAUAGCUAAUCCCUUAGUAUACUAUAGCUAUAUGUUCGCGUAGGUAAGAACCCGACUAUACUUAUAUCCCCUUAUUCCAACUAUUGUUGACGAACCUUAACCAACCGUAUACGCCGUUAUUAAUACCUAUUAUAUAUAUUUAAUUUAUUAUUGUUUACCUACCUAUCUUUUGAUCCGUUGGCUGUUCUCCACUAAUGCGAAGGAUAUUGGGACCCUCUAUCUUAUCUUUGCCGUGUUUGCAGCUAUAAUUGGUACAGCUUUCUCUAUGCUUAUUCGUAUAGAACUUACUGCACCUGGUGUACAAUAUCUUAAUGGAGAUCAUCAAACCUAUAAUACUAUUAUUACAGCACAUGCCUUUGUUAUAAUCUUCUUUAUAGUUAUGCCUGCUAUGGUAGGUGGCUUUGGUAAUUACCUUGUACCUGUUAUAGUUGGAGCCGCUGAUAUAGCCUUCCCACGACUUAAUAAUAUUAGUUUCUGGCUACUUCCACCUUCACUUAUCCUACUACUAGCUAGUGCUUUUGUUGAACAAGGUGCUGGUACAGGUUGAACAGUAUAUCCACCUCUUAGUACACUUCAAAGCCAUUCUGGAGGAUCAGUAGACCUAGCUAUCUUUAGUCUACACCUAGCAGGUAUUAGUUCUAUGCUAGGAGCUAUAAACUUUAUUACUACAGUACUUAAUAUACGUAACCCUGGUAUAACACUACAUAAGCUACCACUAUUCUGUUGGGCUAUUUUUGUUACAGCUAUUCUACUACUACUAAGUCUACCUGUGCUAGCUGGUGCUAUUACUAUGCUUCUAACUGAUCGUAACUUUAAUACAUCAUUCUAUGACCCAGCGGGAGGUGGUGAUCCAAUUCUAUACCAACACCUAUUCUGGUUCUUUGGACACCCUGAGGUAUAUAUCCUUAUUAUUCCUGGCUUUGGUAUGAUUAGUCAUAUUGUUAGUGCGUUCUCAGGUAAACCUGUAUUUGGGUAUCUAGGGAUAGUUUAUGCUAUAUUCUCUAUUGGAAUUCUGGGAUUCAUUGUUUGGUCUCACCAUAUGUAUGCUGUGGGCCUUGAUGUUGAUACUCGAGCAUACUUCACAGCAGCCACUAUACUAAUUGCCAUCCCUACUGGUAUUAAAAUCUUCAGUUGGAUUGCUACUCUAUACGGCGGUAGUCUAAUGAUAACAACACCUAUGCUAUUUGCUCUUGGGUUUAUUGCUCUAUUUACUAUUGGUGGUCUUACUGGAGUUGUACUAGCUAAUGCUUCACUAGAUGUAGCACUACAUGAUACUUACUAUGUGGUAGCUCACUUCCAUUAUGUACUAUCUAUGGGUGCUGUAUUUGCACUGUUUGCUGCCUUCUACUACUGAGCACCUAAAAUCAUUGGUAAGACCUUUAACGAAAGCCUGGGACGAGUACACUUCUGGACACUAUUCGUAGGUGUUAACCUUACAUUCUUCCCUCAACAUUUCCUAGGUCUACAAGGUAUGCCUCGACGUAUCCCUGAUUACCCUGAUGCCUUUGCUGGAUGAAACCUAGUUAGUUCUUUUGGUAGUAUGAUUAGUGUUAUUGCUACGGUACUAUUUGGUUAUAUUAUCUAUGAUAUCCUAGUAUAUGGUAAACCAGUUAUUGGUAACCCUUGGCUUAAACCUAGCUACUUCCAAGGUGCACCUGAGUAUUGGCUUGAGUCUAAAAACGUACAUAGUCUAGAAUGGAGUCUAGAAUCACCUGUACCCCUACAUGCUUAUAAUACACUAGCUAUUCAAUCAUAAAGCUUUCCUUACCCUUCUAUAAAGAUCAGUACAAUCUAUUCUAUAAGAGUUGUCUUGUGUUAUAUCCCUUAAUUAGUAUAACGAAGAAGAAGAUACACACAUAAUCAACUAUACGGUCUUUACCUCUAUCUAGUAUAUCUCUACGCAGCCUAUAAUAAUGUAUGUGUUGUCCUAAGGAUCAUUAUAUUUCAUCUAUAGGAUGUCUCUGCUGAUUACUAUACUCCAUCUAUAGGUUAUCUUUGCUUACUUAUAGGAUCAUUAUAUUUCAU